ACCUUUGUUGCAGCCCAUUCCAAACUACACUACCAACUCAUAGUCUCGAUUAAUAAAUUGUAAUAAUCUUACACUUGUGUUGUUACAGACCGAUUUGAAUUAAUUAUCUCAUUAAAAGUUCUCUAGGGAUCACUGCACCUAACAUUUCACCACCACAAAAAUUACGUUAAAGCUAGAGAAAAACAUACUAGAGGUGAUAUGACUGAAUUGUAAGAAAAGUUUCGUCAUGUAAAUUCAGUUUAGGGCUGACAAAAAAUGUGAUGAAACACAAUUAAGCGAGAGAUCAGGUAUUUUUCAGCCUUUGGAUUAUUCAUUUCUGAAUAUAAAAAACGUAUCAGAUUUAACUGUGUGUUGUCCGAGAAUAAUACCUAGUAGCAAUUCGAUCAUUAAAAAGGAUAUGAAUGAAAAAUGGGUUACUCGGACCCUGAAAAUAAAUAACAACCAAAUAGAGGACAUUUCUACACUACCUGUUGUGGUUCAUGAGCUUUUCGGAGAUACGUCCAGCUUAACGUGGUUAGAUAUAUCUUGUAACAACAUACCCAGUAUUCCAAAUUCUUUCAGUAGUCUUAAACACCUGAAAAUCAUCUAUAUGCAUGGAAAUAAAAUAGAAACACUCCAGGAAGUGAUAAAACUCAGACAGUUACCGAAGCUCACGAAACUUACGUUACAUGGGAACCCCAUUGAGAAGGAGAAGGGUUACUUUCACACGGUUCUCUCAAUAUUACCAAACCUAGUAACUCUUGAUUUUACUGGAAUCUCGCAGGCGGACAAACAGACUGCCGCACUGAUCAGACGUCCUGGUCAGAACAAACAUUGA